CGUUGGCGGAAAGCCUCAACCAAAGCCGAGUCCUAUAAUCCUAUUUGGAUGUGGUGUAUGUAUGUCAUACAGACACACCGGUGUUUAACAGGAUCAGAAUUUCAUUCGAGUCCGACUUGUUUUAGAAGCUGGGCCGUCGAUCAGCGAUUUCACGCCGUAGGGUUUUUCUGUGCUGAAGUUUGGGGCUUAUACUAGUUGUUGGAUAAGGGUUUCGCUAUGGCAGCUCUCAAGGAUCUUCUUCCACCGGUGAAGUCAUCUGGAUCUGCAUACUAUGAUCACUCCAAUGAUCCAUGGUUCAAGCAGAGGUACAGCGCUGCGGAAGCUGAACGUGCAGUGACUAUCAAGGCCAAUCCAGUGCCACCUUACCUGAAACGUGAUGGGUUUCGCCCCUCUAAGCCUGAGGAUUUUGGUGAUGGUGGGGCAUUUCCAGAAAUUCACUAUGCCCAGUACCCUCUUGGUAUGGGUAGGAAGACUGAUGCUAGACCUGGUCAGAAGACAUUGCCAGUCACAGUUGAUGAGCAUGGUAAUGUGACCUUUGAUGCAAUUGUGAAGCAGAACGAAAAUGCUUUAAAGAUAGUCUAUUCCCAGCACCGAGACCUUGUGCCAAAGAUUUUAAAAAAUGAGAAUGACGAGGAACAGGACUUGGAUGAGUUGCAGAAAGAGAUUGAGGAGACAACCGAGCAGACAAAAGCUGAGCUGGAGAAGAUUGUGAACAGGAGGUUGAGUGCUGCUCAACCGAAAAAUGUCCCAACGCAGUCUUCUGAUUCAAAAUUCAUUAAGUAUAAGCCAUCACAGCAGAAUGCAGAUUUUAAUUCCGGUGCAAAGGAGAGGAUUAUCAGGAUGGUGGAGAUGCCUGUGGACCCACUAGAGCCACCAAAAUUCAAGCACAAAAGGGUUCCAAAGGCCUCUGGCUCUCCUCCUGUGCCAGUAAUGCACUCUCCACCACGCCCUGUGACUGUGAAGGACCAACAAGAUUGGAAAAUUCCACCAUGUAUUUCCAACUGGAAGAACCCUAAAGGGUAUACAAUCCCACUUGACAAACGGCUUGCAGCAGAUGGUAGGGGGCUUCAGGAGGUUCAGAUUAAUGAUAAUUUUGCAAAGUUGUCAGAAGCACUAUAUGUUGCGGAACAGAAGGCUAGGGAGGCUGUUGCGAUGAGGUCAAAGGUUCAAAAGGAGAUGAUGAUGAAGGAGAAGGAAAGAAAAGAACAGGAAUUGCGUGCCUUAGCUCAGAAAGCACGAGCUGAGAGGACAGGUGCAGCUCCCCCGGCUGCUGUUCCAAUGCCUUCUGACAAGAGUGUGAUGGAUGAUGCUGAUAUGAGGGGAGAAUAUGAGCGUGUCAAAGAGAAGGAUAUCCCAAAGGAGACAAAGGAGGAAAGGGAGGAGAGGUUGCACAGAGAGAAAAUUCGUGAGGAGCGACGCCGUGAGAGGGAGAGGGAAAGAAGAUUGGAGGCCAAAGAUGUGGCAAUGGGAAAGAAGAGCAAGAUUACAAGAGAUAGAGACCGUGAUAUCAGUGAGAAGGUUGCUCUUGGGAUGGCAUCUACUGGCGCAGGAAGAGGGGGUGAGGUUAUGUAUGACCAGAGAUUGUUCAACCAGGAGAAGGGGAUGGAUUCUGGGUUUGCUACCGAUGAUCAAUACAAUGUCUAUGACAAGGGCUUGUUCACAGCUCAGCCCACUCUUUCUACCCUGUACAGACCUAAGAAGGAUAUGGAUGGCGACAUGUAUGGAGGUGCAGAUGAACAGCUGGAGAAGAUUAUGAAGACUGAUCGCUUCAAACCUGACAAGGCAUUUGCUGGCACCUCUGAAAAGACUGGCCCUAGAGACAGGCCUGUUGAAUUUGAGAAAGAAGCAGAAGAGGCUGAUCCAUUUGGUUUGGAUCAGUUCUUGACAGAGGUGAAGAAGGGUAAAAAGGCCAUGGACAAAAUUGGCAGUGGAGGAACUAUGAAAGCCAGUGCUGGGUCAUCUAUGCGAGAAGGCCACGACGGAUCAAGCAGAUCUCGUAUUGCUUUUGAAAGAGGGCGAUGAAGCGGAUUUUCAGCCGGCUUUUUGGUGUCAUAUGUUAUUGCUUCUUUUAAGUGUCCUGGUUUGUUUAUGCGUUCGUUGCUUGAUUUGGGAAGGCAAGCAUGAACAACUUGUAUUUGUUGGCAAAAUAUUCGGAUCUUUGUGUGGGAGAUGAUUUGGCCAGGCUACUGCAUUUGACUAUGCCAGCUGUCUACUGUUGUGUUGAUAUACUUAUUAUCAUUCUAUUGAUGCAACAACUACUCGUUUCUAGAUUAGAAA